GAUCGCCCCGUCCCAAUUCCCGUCCGCCGGCCGCGCUGCCCGGACCUAUAUAUUCCUUAUUUUACACUAGGAAUAUCCGAAUACCGACUGGAAAGGCUCCCUUUAUAUCGGUAUAAUAACGUGUUUAUACGGAUUUGUGCUUCGUCAGAUGUGUGUGUGAAUAUGUGUGACCAGUGCAUUCAAAGAUAGGUGAUCUAUGGAUUUGUGACAAUUGAUUUGCUAUGCGGUUGGAGGGGAGUGAGAAGGGCAUCAGUUUAGAAAACUAAGUAAGAAAGAAAAUUCAAAAUGGCGGAAGCGGAAGGCGGAGCGAGCGAGCAAGAUGAUGUUUCAUUCUUACGCACGGAAGACAUGGUGUGUCUGUCUUGCACGGCAACGGGUGAGCGAGUGUGUCUUGCGGCUGAAGGUUUUGGUAACAGGCACUGCUUUUUGGAGAACAUCGCAGACAAGAACAUACCUCCAGACCUUUCACAGUGUGUGUUUGUCAUCGAACAGGCCUUGUCAGUAAGAGCUCUACAAGAAUUAGUAACAGCGGCUGGGUCAGAAACUGGCAAAGAAAACUUAGUAGGCAAAGGCACUGGUUCUGGACAUAGAACGCUACUUUAUGGCAAUGCUAUUCUAUUACGUCAUCUCAACAGUGACAUGUACCUGGCGUGUCUAUCAACAUCGUCAUCUCAAGACAAGUUAGCGUUCGACGUCGGUCUACAGGAGCAUUCGCAUGGCGAGGCGUGCUGGUGGACGCUGCACCCUGCUAGCAAACAGAGGUCUGAGGGUGAAAAGGUGCGAGUUGGUGACGAUUUGAUUCUUGUGUCCGUUGCUACAGAAAGAUACUUGCACACGACAAAAGAAAACGAGGUAUCCAUAGUGAACGCAUCAUUCCACGUGACGCACUGGUCCGUACAACCGUACGGUACUGGUAUAUCGCGCAUGAAGUACGUGGGGUACGUGUUCGGGGGAGACGUGCUCCGGUUCUUCCACGGCGGUGACGAGUGCCUUACUAUACCGAGCACGUGGAGCGGAGACGGCGGACAAAAUAUCGUAGUAUACGAAGGUGGAUCAGUGAUGUCGCAAGCUCGCUCGCUCUGGCGUCUGGAACUGGCGCGCACCAAGUGGGCGGGUGGCUUCAUCAACUGGUACCACCCCAUGAGGAUACGACACAUCACCACGGGGCGAUACCUCGGGGUCAACGACCAGAAUGAGCUGUAUUUGAUUAGCAGGGAAGAAGCAACAACAGCAUCUUGCGCGUUCUGCCUCCGCCAAGAGAAAGACGACCAGAAGGUGGUUCUGGAAGACAAAGACUUGGAGAUCAUAGGAGCUCCCAUCAUCAAAUAUGGUGACUCCACUGUCAUUGUACAGCAUUCUGAAACGGGACUGUGGCUGUCUUAUAAGUCUUACGAGACAAAGAAGAAAGGCGUCGGUAAAGUAGAAGAGAAACAAGCUAUCCUACACGAGGAGGGCAAGAUGGACGACGGUCUAGACUUCUCCAGAUCACAGGAGGAAGAAUCUAGAACUGCUAGAGUUAUUAGGAAGUGUUCUUCAUUGUUCACUAAAUUUAUUACUGGCCUUGAAACUCUACAAGAGAACCGACGUCACUCGAUGUUCUUCGCGUCAGUCAAUCUGGGUGAAAUGGUGAUGUGUUUGGAGGAUCUAAUCAAUUACUUCGCGCAACCGGAUGAAGAUAUGGAACAUGAAGAGAAACAAAACAAAUUCCGUGCGCUCCGCAACCGUCAAGACCUGUUCCAAGAGGAAGGCAUCCUCAACCUGAUCUUGGAAGCGAUAGACAAGAUCAACGUCAUCACGUCUCAGGGUUUCCUCGCUGGGUUCCUGGCUGGGGACGAGUCUGGGCAGAGUUGGGACAUGAUAUCAGUUUACUUGUACCAACUUCUGGCGGCAAUAAUCAAGGGGAACCACACAAACUGCGCUCAGUUCGCCAACUCCAACCGUCUAAACUGGCUGUUCUCCCGUCUUGGAUCGCAAGCGUCGGGGGAGGGAACUGGAAUGCUGGACGUACUGCAUUGUGUCCUUAUUGACUCGCCAGAGGCUCUGAAUAUGAUGAGGGAUGAACAUAUAAAAGUGAUCAUAUCGCUGUUAGAAAAGCACGGUAGGGACCCCAAGGUUCUCGACGUGUUGUGUUCCCUCUGCGUCGGUAACGGGGUGGCCGUGAGGUCCUCGCAGAACAACAUCUGUGACUAUCUGCUGCCGGGGAAGAAUCUACUGCUGCAGACCCAGCUGGUGGAUCAUGUGUCGAGUGUACGCCCAAACAUUUUCGUUGGCCGAGUGGAAGGAUCAGCAGUUUACCAGAAAUGGUACUUCGAAGUGACCAUGGACCAUAUUGAGAAGACCACACAUAUGAUGCCACACUUGCGUAUUGGAUGGGCCAAUACUACUGGGUAUGUUCCAUACCCGGGAGGUGGCGAGAAGUGGGGCGGCAAUGGUGUAGGGGAUGAUCUGUACUCGUACGGUUUUGAUGGAGCGUACCUCUGGUCUGGAGGCAGGAAGACGGCAGUUAACAGGACUCAUGAGGAAGAACCGUUUAUAAGAAAAGGUGACGUCAUCGGCUGCGCUCUGGACUUGACCAUACCUCUGAUAAACUUCAUGUUCAACGGCGUACGAGUGACCGGCUCCUUUACCAACUUCAAUCUGGAGGGGAUGUUCUUCCCGGCCAUCAGUUGUUCCAGUAAAUUAAGUUGUCGUUUCCUCCUCGGCGGAGAACACGGUCGCCUGCGCUACGCGGCUCCUGAAGGAUAUUCUCCACUAGUGGAGUCCCUUCUUCCUCAGCAGAUCCUCAGUCUGGAGCCGUGCUUCUACUUCGGAAACUUGGCUAAGAGAGCCUUGGCUGGUCCACCGCUUGUUCAGGAUGACACAGCUUUUGUACCAACCCCUGUGGACACUGUAUCGAUUACUUUGGCAACUUACAUCGAGCAAAUCAGAGACAAACUAGCUGAAAAUAUUCAUGAAAUGUGGGCGAUGAAUAAGAUUGAAGCCGGUUGGUCGUACGGCGAAAACCGGGACGACGCGCACCGCAUACACCCGUGCCUAGUUCCCUUUGAACGUCUCCCGGCCGCCGAGAAACGAUACGACAUUCAGCUAGCCGUGCAGACUCUCAAAACCAUCCUCGCUCUCGGCUACUACAUCAGCCUUGACAAGCCCCCAGCGCGGAUCCGCAACGUUCGUCUACCCAACGAACCCUUCAUGCAAUCUAAUGGGUAUAAACCAGCCCCACUGGACCUGAGCGCUGUUACCCUGACACCCAAGAUGGACGAGUUGGUCGACCAGUUGGCCGAGAACACGCACAAUCUUUGGGCGAGAGAACGCAUUCAGCAGGGUUGGACCUAUGGACUAAACGAGGACUCCGAUAUGCAGCGGUCUCCUCAUUUAGUACCAUAUCCGAAAGUAGACGACGCGAUCAAGAAGGCAAACAGAGAUACCGCUUCAGAAACUGUUAGAACUCUGCUUGUCUAUGGAUACAACCUAGAUCCACCAACUGGGGAGCACCAGGAAGCUCUAUUAGCCGAAGCGUCAAAACAGAAGCAAGCGGACUUCAGAACUUAUAGAGCAGAGAAAAACUAUGCUGUCAGUUCUGGGAAAUGGUAUUUUGAGUUCGAGAUUCUUACUGCUGGACCUAUGAGGGUUGGUUGGGCUCAUGCGGACAUGCCACCAGGCAUGAUGUUAGGUCAAGAUGAGAACUCUUGGGCUUUUGAUGGAUACAAUGAGGAAAAAGUGUACUUGGGUAGUACGGAGUCUUUUGGCAAGCAAUGGGCGGUGGGGGACGUUGUAGGCGUAUUCCUUGAUCUCAUUGACAAGACGAUAAGUUUUUCCUUGAACGGAGAGUUGCUUAUGGAUGCUCUCGGAGGUGAAACUACUUUUGCAGACGUUCAAGGAGAUAAUUUUGUACCGGCAUGCACUCUUGGAGUGGGCCAAAAGGCUAGGCUAUCGUAUGGUCAGGACGUCAACUCAUUGAAAUAUUUUACCACUUGCGGUCUACAAGAGGGCUAUGAGCCAUUCUGUGUUAAUAUGAAACGUGACGUAACACAUUGGUAUACGAAGGACCAACCUAUAUUUGAAAACACGGAUGAGAUGGCCGACACCAGAAUCGAUGUUACAAGAAUACCGGCUGGGUCUGAGACGCCGCCAUGUAUGAAAAUCUCCCACAACACCUUCGAAACGAUGGAGAAAGCUAACUGGGAAUUCCUCAGGCUGUCACUACCUGUAAUCUGUCAGACCGAAUUCAUAGAUGAGCAAGAGAAAGCCCGCCGCUGGGUGGAGAUAAAGGAGCGACAACAGAUUCUGAUGAAGGAGGCUGUGGAAGCGCAGAUGCCAGCUCACAUCGACCAGAUCAUGAGGAGCGGGUUCACUAUGAACGAUAUCAAAGGUCUGCACUACGAUGAAAACCAAGAAGAGAUGCCGAGUUCCAAAGUCAAAAGACAACCUUCGAAACCUCCCAGAAAAGGGUCCAUGACUCGUGGGGUUACCAUUCAGAGUUAUAACUUACAACCAGGUCCUGUAAACGGUAUGCAUCGCUCUACGAGUGAAGCUGAAAUGGCAAAAUAUGAGCUCGGAGCCAGCCUGUCUCCGGAAGACAAAAAGGCAGAAAAGAGGGGAAGGUCUCCUUUCAAGUUCUUCAGAAGCAAACGCGGUGAAAGCGGCGAAAGGGGCAAGACCCGUAAAUCCAAAACACCAGACCCAUUCAGUGAUACCGAAGUGUCACCAGACCGAGGAGCUAUGAGGAGACCUAACCCUCAAAUAAGAGUAUCUCAGGCAGUACAAAGGCAUGUGCAGGGUAGGCCAAGUAGGCCGAAUUUGUACGGAAGUCAAUCUGGUUUGAAUAACAACUUAGCAGUAGCAACCCCACCACAAGAGCGCAAGCAAAUGACAGCUGGUACGUUAUCCGCGGCCGCCACUGAGACGGUCGGCAACGAAAUAUUCGAUGCGGAUUGCUUGAAGCUCAUCAACGAGUACUUCUAUGGUGUCAGAAUUUUCCCCGGUCAAGACCCAACGCAUGUUUACAUCGGCUGGGUAACGACACAAUACCAUUUGCACUCCAAGGACUUCAACCAGAACAAAGUCACCAAGUCGUCCGUCAUCAUUACUGAUGAUUACGAUCGCGUUGUCGAAAGUGUAAAUCGACAAUCGUGCUACAUGGUCCGCGCGGACGAACUGUACAACGAAGUGAUGGCCGAAGCGACGGGCAAAGGCGCGUCGCAGGGCAUGUUUAUAGGAUGCUCCGUUGAUACGUCCACUGGGACUGUCGCCUUUACGUGCGAGGGGAAAGAUACUAGCAUUAAGUUUAAGAUGGAACCAGAUACCAAACUGUUCCCGGCAAUAUUCGUAGAGGCAACAUCGAAGGAAAUCCUUCAGAUUGAGCUCGGGAGAUCUUCUACAAGUCUUCCGCUGAGUGCGGCAGUGCUGCCAACUAGUGAUAAGCACGUCAACCCACAGUUCCCGCCUAGGCUGAAGGUCCAGUGUCUGAAACCCCACCAGUGGGCUAGGGUCCCAAAUCAAUCACUGCAAGUUCACGCCUUGAAGUUGUCAGACAUCCGAGGUUGGUCCAUGCUGUGUGAAGAUGCUGUCUCCAUGCUGGCUCUUCACAUACCUGAGGAAGACCGUUGCAUUGAUAUCCUUGAACUGAUAGAAAUGGAUAAGCUGCUUAGUUUCCACUCCCAUACACUCACGCUGUAUGCGGCGUUAUGCUACCAGAGCAAUUACAGAGCUGCGCAUGCUCUUUGUCAGCACGUGGAUCAAAAGCAGCUGCUCUACGCCAUCCAGUCCCAGUACAUGUCCGGUCCACUCCGACAGGGAUUCUACGAUUUGCUCAUAGCUUUGCAUCUGGAGUCACAUGCCACUACUAUGGAGGCGUGUAAAAAUGAGUUCGUGAUACCGCUGGGGCCGGAACUGAAGUCGCUUUACGAGGAACCGGAAAUGAGGCACAGCCUCCGCUCGCUGCAGACUGAGAGCGUGCGCCCGCAGAUGAAGAUGACUGACAUAGCGGAAAGCAUAACGGAAAUCAGCAAUCUCUACUCCCCGUACUUCCCACUAGAAGUGGUGCGAGAGUUCGUCAUGCAAGCGCUGGCUGAAGCCGUGGAAACUAACCAGGUGCAUAACCGGGAUCCUGUUGGAGGGAGCAACGAGAACUUGUUUCUGCCAUUAAUCAAACUCGUAGACCGUCUGCUGUUAGUGGGUAUGAUGAGAGAUGAAGACGUGGAAAAACUGCUUAUCAUGAUCAACCCUGAGACUUGGGACCCUACUUUUGAUAAAGAGGGUAAAGAUGAGCACAGGAAAGGUUUGCUGCACAUGAAGAUGGCGGAGGGCGCGAAGUUGCAGAUGUGCUACCUGCUGCAGCAUCUCAACGAUAUGCAGCUGCGUCACCGAGUGGAGUUCAUUAUCGCCUUCGCGCACGACUUUGUCGGCGACCUGCAGUCUGAUCAGCUGAGACGUUAUACAGAAAUCAAGCAAUCUGAUCUGCCCAGUGCUGUCGCCGCCAAGAAAACUAAAGAAUUCCGUUGUCCACCACGAGAGCAAAUGAACGCCAUACUGAGUUUCAAACAUCUGGAAGAUGAUGACCCGGAGAACUGCCCGUGCGGCGAGGACCUGAUCACACGCAUGAACGAGUUCCACGAGAGCCUGAUGAUUCAUGUCUCGCUAAAUGCUUUGCAAGAACCUGACGGAGAUGAGUCUUCAGAGCCAGAAACAAAAACUGGUGCUUUUGGAAAACUUUACAAUAUUAUAAACACAGUCAAGGAGCUAGAAGAGGAAGCGAAGGCCAUUGAAGAACCAGUGAAGAAAUCGCCAGAGGAAAAGUUCCGAAAGGUGCUGAUCCAAACCAUCGUGACUUGGGCUGAGGAGUCGCAGAUCGAAACUCCGAAACUAGUUAGAGAGAUGUUCAGUCUGCUCGUGCGCCAAUAUGAUGCAGUGGGUGAACUGAUUCGAGCUCUCGAAAAGACAUACGUCAUCAACGCGAAGACCAAACAAGAUGUAGCUGAAAUGUGGGUUGGCCUGAGCCAAAUCAGAGCUUUACUGCCCGUACAGAUGAGCCAAGAAGAAGAGGAACUCAUGAGGAAGAGACUAUGGAAACUUGUCAACAACCAUACUUUCUUCCAGCAUCCUGAUUUGAUUAGAGUUCUGCGCGUACAUGAAAAUGUAAUGGCAGUUAUGAUGAACACGUUGGGAAGACGUGCGCAGGCGCAGUCUGACGCGCCCACCGCUGCGCAGCCCACGCCCGAGGAUAAGGAAAAGGACACCUCCCACGAGAUGGUGGUAGCGUGUUGCCGCUUCCUCUGCUACUUCUGUCGCACAGGCAGACAGAAUCAGAAGGCCAUGUUUGACCACUUCGACUUCUUGCUGGAGAACUCUAACAUUUUACUGUCAAGGCCGUCUUUGAGGGGGUCUACUCCUUUGGACGUCGCUUAUUCCAGUUUGAUGGAAAACACUGAACUGGCUUUAGCUUUGAGAGAGCAUUAUCUAGAAAAGAUUGCAGUAUACCUAUCACGUUGUGGUCUGCAAAGUAACUCUGAGCUUAUUGAGAAGGGCUAUCCCGACCUUGGCUGGGAUCCAGUGGAAGGCGAGCGAUAUCUUGACUUCCUACGAUUUUGUGUGUGGGUAAACGGUGAAAGUGUGGAAGAAAACGCCAAUCUAGUAAUCCGUCUCCUGAUUAGGAGACCGGAGUGCUUGGGUCCAGCGCUGCGCGGUGAAGGUGAAGGGUUGCUGAAGGCUAUUGUAGAUGCUAAUAAGAUGAGCGAGAGGAUCGCUGAUAGACGUAAGCUGAGGGACGAGGACGGCGAUAUAAAUUUCAGCCACCCACUUCCCCAGUCAGAUGAUGACGAAGACUAUAUUGAUACGGGUGCCGCAAUACUCAACUUUUACUGCACUCUGGUUGACUUGUUAGGCCGGUGUGCACCUGACGCUGCUGUUAUUGCUCUGGGAAAAAACGAAUCUCUACGAGCAAGAGCCAUUCUUCGAUCACUGGUUCCACUUGAAGAUCUACAAGGCGUUCUCAGUCUACGAUUCACUUUAAAUAACCCGGCAGCUGGCGAAGAGAGGCCCAAAUCUGAUAUGCCAUCUGGCCUAAUCCCUGGACACAAGCAAAGUGUUGGAUUAUUCUUGGAACGUGUCUACGGUAUCGAGACGCAAGAGCUAUUCUACAGACUUCUCGAGGAAGCUUUCUUACCAGAUCUUAGAGCGGCCACAAUGUUGGAUAGGAACGAUGGCUGUGAAUCAGAUAUGGCUCUAUCGAUGAACCGGUACAUAGGCAACUCAAUCUUACCACUUCUUAUCAAGCACGCCAACUUCUACAAUGAGGCAGAGAAUUAUGCUAGCCUGUUGGAUGCUACACUACAUACUGUUUAUAGAUUGUCCAAAAAUCGUAUGCUGACGAAAGGCCAACGUGAAGCCGUAUCGGACUUCCUCGUAGCUCUGACUGCGGCCAUGCAACCUUCCAUGCUGCUUAAAUUACUUCGCAAACUCACCGUUGAUGUCUCCCGCCUGUCUGAAUAUACCACUGUUGCACUGCGGUUGCUAACACUCCACUACGAGCGUUGCGCUAAAUACUACGGCAGUACGGGCGGUCAAGGCAUAUACGGCGCAUCAUCUGAUGAAGAGAAGCGGCUGACAAUGAUGCUGUUUUCUAACAUCUUCGACUCCUUGAGCAAGAUGGAUUACGAGCCUGAGCUGUUUGGGAAAGCCCUGCCCUGUCUUAUUGCCAUUGGUUGCGCUUUACCACCAGACUAUUCGCUGUCCAAGAACUACGACGAUGAAUUCUAUGGAAAAGAAAAUACGCAGGCAACGGGUGCUGAUAACCCACAGUACGACCCUCAACCCAUCAACACAUCAUCAGUGGCUCUCAACAAUGACCUCAACACCAUUGUGCAGAAAUUCUCCGAGCAUUACCAUGAUGCUUGGGCAUCUAGGAAAAUCGAAAAUGGUUGGGUGUACGGUGAAUCUUGGUCGGACAGUCAAAAAACGCAUCCUCGCCUAAAACCUUACAAUAUGCUGAACGAUUAUGAAAAAGAGCGUUACAAGGAACCGGUGCGCGAAUCGUUGAAAGCGUUGCUGGCAAUCGGUUGGUCCGUUGAACAUUCUGAGGUGGACAUACCCAGUACCAAUCGCAGCUCUAUGAGACGGCAGUCCAAAUCUGGCGGCGUCACGGACUCAGCGACUCCAUUCAAUUACAACCCGCACCCCGUGGAUAUGACCAACCUGACGUUGUCGCGUGAGAUGCAAAACAUGGCGGAGAGGCUCGCUGAAAACGCACACGACAUCUGGGCUAAGAAGAAAAAAGAGGAACUGGUUACUAACGGAGGCGGAAUCCAUCCCCAACUCGUCCCAUACGACCUCCUCACUGACAAAGAGAAAAAGAAGGACCGAGAACGAUCCCAAGAGUUCCUCAAAUACCUCCAAUACCAAGGAUACAAACUGCACCGGCCCAAAACAUCCCAGGGUGAUACAGAACAGACCACUACUGGCGUAGCAAUAGAGCUCAGAUUCGCUUACUCGCUUCUGGAGAAGUUGAUUUCGUAUAUUGACAGAGCUACGAUUAAUAUGAAGCUAUUGAAACCAUCCACUACGUUCAGUAGACGACCAAGUUUCAAGACCAGCACGAGGGAUAUUAAAUUCGUUUCUAAGGUGGUACUGCCUUUAAUGGAGAAAUACUUCUCAACGCAUCGCAACUACUUCAUCGCGGUUGCCACGGCAACCAACAACGUGGGCGCGGCCAGCUUGAAAGAGAAAGAGAUGGUCGCCGCACUGUUCUGUAAACUGGCGAGCUUAUUACGGUCCAGGUUAGCAGCAUUCGGUCCAGACGUCCGCAUCACGGUCCGCUGUCUCCAAGUGCUGGUGAAAGGCAUCGACGCGAAGUCCCUCGUCAAGAACUGUCCCGAGUUCAUCCGAACUUCUAUGCUUACCUUCUUCAAUAAUGUUGCUGAUGAUCUCGGUCAUACUAUCAUGAAUUUACAGGAUGGCAAAUAUUCUCACCUUCGAGGAACCCACCUGAAGACCUCAACGUCACUGGGUUAUAUCAAUGGCGUCAUACUCCCCGUGCUGACAGCUAUGUUCGACCACCUGGCCAAUUGCGAGUACGGCGCUGAUCUGUUGUUGGACGAAAUUCAAGUGGCCUCAUACAAGAUGCUUGGGUCCUUAUACACGCUGGGUACCGAUGCGACGCUCACACACGACAGAAAAUAUCUCAAGACUGAAAUUGAAAGGAAUAAACCUGCACUGGGGUCAUGUUUAGGCGCCUUCAGUUCCACGUUCCCAGUGGCGUUCUUCGAACCUCAUCUCAACAAGCACAACCAGUUCUCUCUACUGAACCGCAUAGCGGACCACUCACUUGAAGCUAAAGACAUAAUGGCCAAAAUGGAGCAAUCGAUGCCUACUCUCGAGUCGAUAUUAAACGAAGUAGAUCAGUUCGUAGAAUCGGACAAGACUUACAACGAAGCUCCUCACAUCAUUGAUGUGGUUAUGCCGUUGCUGUGUUCUUAUCUGCCGUUCUGGUGGGCCCAGGGGCCUGACAAUGUCACUCCCACUGCUGGAAACCACGUAACAAUGGUAACAGCAGAACACAUGAACCAACUCCUGAAGAACGUCCUCAAGCUCAUCAAGAAGAACAUUGGCAACGAAAGUGCUCCUUGGAUGACCCGCAUCGCGACAUACACGCAACAGAUCAUCAUCAACAGUUCUGAGGAAUUGCUGAGGGAGUCCUUCUUACCUCUCGCUGAGAGAGUGAGAAAGAGGACCGAUACCAUGUUCCAUAAGGAAGAGAGUUUGAGAGGUUUUAUUAAAUCAUCAACGGACGACACGUCGCAAGUGGAAUCGCAGAUACAAGAGGACUGGCAACUUCUAGUGCGAGAUAUUUACUCAUUCUACCCUCUUCUCAUCAAAUACGUCGAUCUUCAGAGGAACCAUUGGCUUCGGAACAACGUACCAGAGGCCGAAGAACUAUACAACCACGUGGCAGAAAUAUUCAACAUCUGGUCAAAGAGUCAGUACUUCCUUAAAGAGGAACAAAACUUCAUAUCGGCUAACGAAAUCGAUAACAUGGUGUUGAUCAUGCCUACUGCAACUCGAAGAGUUACCACCGUAGUUGAUGGGACACCACAGGGUGGAGGAAAGAAAAAGAAGAAGCACCGUGACAAGAAACGUGACAAAGACAAGGAGGUACAAGCAUCACUAAUGGUAGCUUGUCUCAAGAGGUUGUUACCUGUUGGACUCAAUCUCUUCGCGGGAAGAGAGCAAGAGUUAGUGCAGCAUUGUAAAGAUCGCUUCUUGAAGAAAAUGUCCGAACAAGACGUGGCGGAAUUCGCCAAAACUCAGCUAACGUUACCGGACAAGAUCGAUCCAGCGGAUGAAAUGUCCUGGCAGCAUUAUCUGUACAGCAAGCUGGGGUCCAAGAGCAAAACCACAGUCACAACUGUGGAGACGUCAGAGAACAAGGCCAAGCUUAUAGACGACACGGUGGAACGGAUAGUUGCGAUGAGCAAAGUGUUGUUUGGAUUGCAUAUGAUCGACCAUCCUCAACAAAUGAGUAAGAACGUGUACCGUUCCGUGGUAUCUAUUCAACGAAAACGUGCUGUGAUUGCCUGCUUCAGGCAGACUUCGCUACAUUCCUUGCCCAGACAUCGAGUCUGCAAUAUAUUCGCGCGAACAUACUACGAGCUAUGGUUGGAAGAAGAAAACAUUGGCCAAGAAGUCAUGAUUGAAGAUCUUACGCAAUCGUUCGAGGAUGCGGAGUUGAAAAAGAGUGAUUUAGUGGAAGAAGACGGAAAGCCUGAUCCUCUCACACAACUCGUCACUACAUUCUGUCGUGGCGCUAUGACUGAAAGAUCUGGGGCAUUACAGGAAGAUCCACUGUACAUGUCGUACGCACAUAUAAUAGCAAAGUCGUGUGGUGAGGAAGAAGAGGAAGGCGGGGAGGAAGAAGAAGGUGGGGGGGAACCAGAGGGAGGUGACGAAGAGGGCCGCGCCAGUAUACAUGAACAAGAAAUGGAGAAACAAAAGCUGUUGUUCCAUCAAAAACGAUUAGCGAACCGUGGUGUAGCAGAAAUGGUGUUGCUCCACAUAUCUGCCUCCAAAGGGCAACCGAGUGACAUGGUUAUGAAAACGCUGCAACUGGGCAUCUCCAUACUACGGGGCGGAAAUAUUGAUAUACAGAUGGGUAUGCUCAACCACCUGAAAGACAAAAAAGAUGUCGGUUUCUUCACAUCCAUCGCCGGUUUGAUGAACUCAUGCUCCGUACUUGACUUGGAUGCCUUCGAAAGAAAUACCAAAGCUGAAGGACUUGGAGUGGGGUUGGAAGGAGCGGCCGGUGAGAAGAACAUGCACGAUGCUGAGUUCACUUGUGCGCUGUUCCGGUUCAUACAACUGACUUGUGAAGGCCAUAACUUGGAAUGGCAAAACUACCUCCGUACGCAAGCCGGAAACACGACAACUGUGAACGUUGUCAUCUGCACAGUGGAUUACUUGCUGAGGCUGCAGGAGUCUAUUAUGGACUUCUACUGGCACUAUUCUAGCAAGGAACUCAUCGAUCCAGCGGGCAAGGCGAACUUCUUCAAAGCCAUCGGAGUAGCGUCUCAAGUGUUCAACACCCUCACUGAAGUUAUCCAGGGUCCUUGUACGCAGAAUCAACAGGCCUUAGCUCAUUCCAGAUUGUGGGACGCGGUGGGCGGUUUCCUGUUCCUCUUCUCUCACAUGCAGGACAAGUUGUCCAAACAUUCCUCACAAGUGGAUCUGCUGAAGGAACUCCUCAAUUUGCAGAAGGACAUGAUCACUAUGAUGCUGUCUAUGCUUGAGGGAAAUGUUGUCAAUGGUACAAUCGGCAAACAGAUGGUAGAUACUCUAGUAGAAUCCGCAUCUAACGUGGAACUGAUCCUCAAAUACUUCGACAUGUUUCUGAAGCUAAAGGACCUGACUUCCAGCGCAAGCUUCAAGGAAAUUGAUGCCAAUAAUGAUGGAUGGGUUCUUCCGAAGGACUUUAAGGAGAAGAUGGAACAGCAGAAGAGUUAUACACCAGAAGAAAUAGAGUUCCUGCUCGCGUGCUGCGAAACGAACCAUGAUGGCAAACUGGACUACCUGGGCUUCUGCGACCGCUUCCACGAGCCAGCCAAGGAAAUCGGCUUCAACCUCGCCGUUUUGCUCACCAACUUGUCCGAACACAUGCCUAAUGAACCCAGGCUCGCUCGGUUUCUGGAGACGGCUGGAUCUGUGCUGAACUAUUUCGAGCCAUUCUUGGGUCGUAUCGAGAUAAUGGGUGGAUCCAAGAGGAUCGAGCGUGUUUACUUCGAGAUCAAGGAGUCCAAUAUUGAACAGUGGGAGAAACCUCAGAUCAAGGAAUCGAAACGCGCGUUCUUCUAUAGCAUUGUAACAGAAGGUGGUGAUAAGGAGAAGUUGGAAGCCUUUGUCAACUUCUGUGAAGACGCCAUCUUUGAAAUGACGCAUGCUUCUGGUCUGAUGGCCGUGUCAGAGGAAGCGGCUGGUGGUCUGAAGAACAGGGAGGCUUAUCAUGUAUAUAUGGGUGACGAUGAGGAAGAAAGAGCGGGAAAAGAUCCAUUCCGCCGUGGUUUCCAGUCGGUCAAGGACGGCAUCUCCACGGCAUUUUCGUCUCUAUCCCCCUCCAACAUAAAGCAGAGAAUCGCAGAUCUACAGCAGAUGCCGCCUGCUGAAUUAUUUAUUGGCUUCUUCAAAAUGUUCUUCUAUCUCUUCUACUAUUUAGGCUAUGGCGCUGUCGUUGUUAUCAGGUACAUCUUCGGAGUCCUCCUCGGGUUGAUGCGAGGGCCGGUGACGGACGAGCCUCCGCCGGAGCCGACGGAAGAGGAGAAAAUCGGUCAGUUGAAGCUCUCGCUCCUACACAGAACAUUCCCGCAAAGUCCUAUGAGACACCUGCCGGCAUUGCCAGCGGCGGACGACACCGGGCAAAUGCAAGUUUCGGCUUUCGGACUGGAUAUUACUAAAGAAGACAAUGGCCAGAUACAAGUGAAGCCGCACGAGUCUCCGACCGCGUCCACUCCGUCAUCAGGCGAGGAAGCGGAAGUGUCACCAGAUGAGAGCACUGAGCAUACAGAGGAACAGCAACCACCUUCUCUUAUUGAUCUACUUGGUGGCGAGCAAGCUAAGAAGCAGGCUCAGGAACGAAUGGAAGCCCAGGCGGUACAACAAGCUGCCAUGUCCGCUAUCGAAGCCGAAAACAAAAAGCAGGCAGUACAAGGCCCCGCUCCGUCAGCGUUAUCUCAAGUGGAUCUGUCGCAAUACACAAAGCGCGCCGUGUCUUUCCUCGCGAGAAAUUUCUACAACCUGAAGUACGUGGCUCUCGUACUCGCCUUCUGUAUCAACUUCGUGCUGCUCUUCUAUAAGGUAUCAACAUUAGAAGUGGAAAGGGGUGAGGGUUCGGGAAUCGGAGAUAUCAUCAGCGGAUCUGGUUCAGGACAAGGGUCUGGAAGUGGUGACGGUGGUAGUGGUGAAAGCGAAGAGGACGAGGGUCUAGAAGUGGUGCUGAUAGACGAAGACUUCUUCUACAUGGAGCACGUCAUCAAUGUUGCCGCCUUGCUGCAUUCCAUAGUGUCUCUAGCUAUACUCGUCGGCUAUUAUCAUCUCAAGGUGCCGUUAGCUAUAUUCAAGCGUGAGAAAGAGAUAGCGCGUAAACUGGAGUUCGACGGUCUGUACAUCGCGGAGCAGCCAGAAGAUGACGACUUGAAGAGCCAUUGGGACAAGCUUGUCAUUUCUGCUAAAUCAUUCCCAGUGAACUACUGGGACAAGUUCAUCAAGAAGAAAGUGCGCGCGAAAUAUUCCGAGACCUACGACUUCGACUCUAUAUCCAACAUGCUCGGAAUGGAAAAGACCUCUUUCUCGGCGCAGGAAGAGGAGGGCAGCAAGGGAUUCUGGCAUUACAUCGUCAACAUCGACUGGCGCUACCAAGUCUGGAAGGCUGGAGUGACGAUAACUGACAACUCCUUCCUCUAUUCUCUAUGGUACUUCUCCUUCUCCGUGAUGGGGAACUUCAACAACUUCUUCUUCGCCGCACACUUGCUAGACGUUGCUGUGGGCUUCAAGACUUUGAGGACCAUCUUGCAGUCUGUCACGCAUAACGGAAAACAGCUGGUGUUGACGGUGAUGUUGCUGACAAUCAUCGUGUACAUCUAUACGGUGAUCGCGUUCAACUUCUUCCGCAAGUUCUACGUGCAGGAAGAGGACGACGAAGUCAACAAGAACUGCCACGACAUGCUUUCCUGUUUCGUGUUCAACCUAUACAAAGGCGUGAGAGCGGGUGGUGGUAUCGGAGACGAGCUGGAGCCCCCAGACGGUGAUGACUCGGAGGUGUACCGCAUCAUAUUUGACAUCUCGUUCUUCUUCUUCGUCAUCGUCAUCCUGCUGGCUAUCUUGCAGGGUCUGAUCAUCGACGCGUUCGGUGAGCUCCGUGACCAGCUGGAGUCCGUCAAAGAGGACAUGGAGUCCAACUGCUUCAUAUGCGGCAUCAAUAAGGACUACUUUGAUAAAGUUCCGCACGGGUUCGACACGCACGUGCAGCGGGAGCACAACCUCGCGAACUACAUGUUCUUCCUUAUGCAUCUUAUCAACAAACCCGACACCGAGUAUACUGGUCAAGAAACGUUUGUAUGGAAAAUGUACACACAAAGAUGCUGGGAUUUCUUCCCCGUUGGUGACUGCUUCAGGAAACAGUACGAAGACGCGAUGGGCGAAUAGAAUACUAUGAAAAUUCCUAACUAUAUUAGCCAAAUGUAUCCAAUACGUCUCUUUACGCUAUCUCUUUCUUUUCCAUAAAGAGUGAGAAAGACGACGAUGGUUGACAUUAGGUUGGUAAUGUUGGCACAACUAAAUAGGUGAAGUGUUACAUUUUACGUAUUGAUUAUUAAUAUUGUUGCUCAAAAUUUUCACUAAUAAAAAAAUUAAAAGUCAUUUAAGCAAAAUCUCUUUGCAUAUUAAAAUGUGGAAAGGAAUUGAUAACUAAUACCUACUCCAAAAUAAGCUAAUAAUUAUUUUUCUAUUUAUUAUUGUAGUGUUAAGAAAAUAAUGUACGUUACUACAAUGAUCAGAUAAAUGUAUUUAGCAAAUCAUCUAUCGCUUCCCAAAAUUAACUAUUGUCAAUACAAAUUGUUAAGAAUAGGUAAAUACAUAAAAAAUAAUUAAUUAAGGGGCCUUUCCAAGUAAAGUUUUCUAUUUAAACUUUUUCGAUAUAGUUUAUGUAAGAUAAUUUAAACAUGUUACACUGAAAUAAAAAUCUUUAAUGAAC